GCGGUAGCGAGGGCCCGGGGCGGGAGCCCGUGCAAGCUCCGGAAUCCGCGGAGCCCCCGGAAACCCCAGAGCGAGCUGGCGGCCGUCCCCGCGCCAGCCCCGCGCCAGACGGGGACGCAGAGGCAGAGGGCGCCGAGCAGAGAAAACUGAAGCUUAGAAGAAGAAGCUUGCCCAAGAUCAUGCAGGGAGCUAUGUCUGCCAAAUAUGUCUGUCACCAGCAUCAGAACCUCUCGUCUACUGGAUUGUGAAUGUAUCUCUGCACCUUGCUGCUGGGUCAUUUUGCCUUGCAAAUUCAACCUCAGGGAAGUAUUAGAUGCUGUAUUCCAGUGCUUUUCCCUUCCACUUGCUUCACAUUUAACUAACCUUCCGAAGAAGUUUGAGAUGUCAAAAAAUACCAACUCGAAGAUUCAGCCCAAGUAACUUGGUCCAUCUAUAUAGAACAAUUUUAUUAUUAAUGUUUUGAUAAGUUAAUUGCAACCCCAAUAAAGGGUGGAUCGAAUCAACCCUUUCUUUUCCCCUUUAAUGAUUAAUUUUUCUUGUCAGUAUCACCAUGUAACGUCUACUUUUCUCUGUUGCUUUUGACUGUUUACCUCAUCUGUUCCCUACUUCCCAUAGUCAUUUGUAAGAACUAUUGGAACUAUAUUUAGAGUAUAUCCCAGGAAUUCCCUUGUGGCUCAGCCGGUUAAGAAUCCAGUGUGGUCACUGCUGUGGCUCUGGUUACAGCUGUGGUGCAGGUUUGAUCCCUGGCCCCAGGACUUCUGGGUGCAGCAGGUGCAGCCCAUGCCCUCCCAAAAAAGGGAUAUCCCAGACUGACUGCUGCUUACCACCACCAUCACUGUAUUCCUAGUCUAAGUGAAUAUUUGAUAAGUGAUGGUGCCAUUAACUAAGAUGGGGAAGUCUAGGGAGCAGACAGCAUCAGAGGUUAAAGUGAGAAUCCUCUUGAGUUUAAUACCCUAUUAGACAUCCAAGUGGAGUUGGUGGGUAGUUAGUUAUAUCUCUGAGUGGAGCCUCAGUCUGAAACUGGAGUCAUCAGCAUGUAACUGGUGGUAUAAAAAGACAUGGGAAGAUAUGGGGUCAUCAGGGAGUAUGAGAAAUGUGGAAGAGCCCUGGGCACGCCUUUAUUGAGAGCAUGUGAAGAGAAGGAGGAGCUAAAGAUAAGGCUGACUGGGGUGACCAAUGAGAUCUGAAGAAAACCAGGACAAAUGUGGCAUGUGAUAGUGUUUCAGGAAGGAGGGAGGCAUCAACUGGCCCGAGGCUGCAGGGAGGUCGCCUGAGUUGAGCACUGAGAAAUGGUUUGGUAAGACCGACACUUGUCAGUGACAUUCACAAAGAGCCAUUUUGAUGGUAUGCAGAGGAUGAAAGCCUGACUGGGGUGGGUCGUAGGAGAAUGGGAGAAGAGAGACAGACAGGGGCUGUGAGCCCUGGUGAUGUUUUACUCUAAAAGGGAGCAGAGCUAUGGAUCUGUAAUUGAGGGGGGUUUGGGUCGAUCCCAAUUUUUGUAUGUUUAUUUUAAGAUUAGAGUUACUACAGCAUGUUUGCUGAAGGAGAUGACCCAGAAGACAGGAAAAUUUUGGUGAUCCAGGAACUAGGAAUAGUAUGUAAGGAACAAAAUUCCCUGGCUGAGCAGGUGAAAGGGGGUGGGACAGAGAGAUUAAGGAAUGGGAAGUGGGAGGAGCUGGGACGGUGCUGGCAGGUUGACACAUUUAGAGGAUGGAGGAGGCAGGCGUUCUCGUGAUAAUCCUGGGAAAUAGGUGGGCGUGAGUCAUUUUCAUUUUGCAGAGGAUAAAACUAAGAUUCAGUUAGAAGCCUCACAAAUCAGUAGCAGAGUUAAGAAUCAGCCCACGGAUCCUGACUCCCAUUUUGGGGCUGUUGACAUUACACCACUGUUUCUAUAAUGGUCCUUCAUGUUUAGUGGAGCUGAAAUUGAUUCAUACCCUAUUGACUGGAUUUAGAGCCCAGAGCCUGGGAUUCUCAUUUUUGCCCUAUCACUAGGCACUAGGUCUUGUUGAACUUCUCCAAGCCUGAGUUACCUGGUUUCUAAGAUGGAAGCACUCCUAACUGCCUGCCAGGGAAGUGAGUCCACUGAAGCAACUGCUAAACCAAAGAGAAGUUUUUAUGCUGCAAGGGAUUUGUACAAAUACCGGCACCAGUACCCGCAGAACUUCAAAGAUAUCCGAUAUCAAAAUGACUUGAGCAAUCUUCGUUUUUAUAAGAAUAAAAUUCCAUUUAAGCCUGAUGGUGUUUACAUUGAAGAAGUUCUCAAUAAGUGGAAAGGGGAUUAUGAGAAGCUGGAGCACAACCACACCUACAUCCAAUGGCUUUUCCCCCUGAGAGAACAAGGCUUGAACUUUUAUGCUAAAGAACUAACUACGUAUGAAAUUGAGGAGUUCAAGAAAACAAAAGAAGCAAUUAGAAGGUUCCUUCUGGCUUAUAAAAUGAUGUUAGAAUUUUUUGGAAUAAAACUGAUAGAUAAAACUGGAAAUGUUGCCCGGGCUGUUAACUGGCAGGAAAGGUUUCAGCAUCUGAACGAGUCCCAGCACAACUAUUUAAGAAUCACUCGUAUUCUGAAAAGCCUCGGUGAGCUUGGAUAUGAAAGUUUUAAAUCUCCUCUUGUAAAAUUCAUUCUUCAUGAGGCUCUUGUGGAAAAUACUAUUCCCAAUAUCAAACAGAGUGCGCUGGAGUAUUUUGUUUAUACAAUUAGAGACAGGAGAGAAAGGAGAAAGCUCCUACGGUUCGCCCAGAAACAUUACACGCCCUCGGAGAAUUUUAUCUGGGGACCACCGAGGAAAGAACAGUCCGAGGGCAUCAAGGCUCCAAAAACGCCUGCCCCGCCCAGCUCUGGGCAUCAGAGUCAAAUGUCUAUGCACAAAAAAUCCAAGGACUCCAAAACUUCCUCCUCAGCUGUGCAUGUAAACAGCAAAAAGCCUGAAGACAAAAAAGCGGCACCAAGAGAGCCUGAGGAAGAGGCCGAUGGGCCCAGCGAAGAGCCGGGCAGUGAGGCCUCUGGGCCGGGAAACACAGAGGUGGACCGUGAUGCUGACAGGUCCACUUCUCAGCCAGAAAAAACAGUUGUUCAUCCCUUGGAGAAAAGGGAGAGUGCCUCUUCCUCUGAAAAAGAUGAAGAAAGUGAAAAUCAUAACAAAGACUGUGAAAGUCCUGGAGAUACAGGUUCCCAGGAUGACACACUAUUGCAGUGAAUCAUCAGAAAGCCCACAAACCCAUUGAAAUCAGGGAGGAUAAAGCUACGGUGCAGUGGUGUACAAUUGAUCCUGAAGAACGAAAGUCACGCCUCCAGUUGUAGCCAGCUGUUUGUGACGUCUGCUGUCAGCAUUUAGUUUUGACACUUGAGUUUUAUUCUGGAUUGACAACGAAUGUAAUAUUUAAUAAGAAGUUUUAAGACAAGACCCCGUGAAUGAAUGUAUUCUGUUAAUACCUUUAGGACAUGAGUUUUCACAUUCUGAACACAACAAUCACUUUUAAGUUAUUUUCAGUGUAUCCAGAAAUAAUCUGUAGUAUUUGGUAUAUUAAAUAAAUUCUUUGGAAAGACUACACUCUCCAUGAAGAAAAUCAAGAGGAUUAUUUUGUUCUAUUGCCACACCUUUGCCCUGUUUGUGGAUUCAUUUUUUAAAAGCUGGAAGAAAGAAUUCGGUCUUCUCAGAUGUAUACAGAAAAAAAUUUGGAUUUUUUCAUUACAGUACCUCAGCUUGUUUAUUUUUAAGUUCUGAUCUGUGGGAUGGAUGUUCCUGGGGGGCUGUCAUCGACCCUCCCCAUCUGUCACUUGUGCUGUGCGAUGCUUUUUCCUUCUCCCCUUUCUCCACCCUACCCUGAUUUACCACUUUUGUUAGCCUUCUAGCCUGCAUUUGGAUGGUCUCCUAGAGUGACAUUUAAGUGAAACAGAGGGGACUUUCAACUGUAUGAUUUUGAAACUUUGUUUUGUUUAAAAUAAUGAAAAUGUUUUUCUGUGUUGUGUUAAAAACAAAUUUUGAUGCAAAAGUCCAAGAAAAGAAUUUUGCCUCCUGUGGCUGUGCCAUAUAAAUUUAGUGCUUGUUUAUGAAUGCAAAUGACUAAAGAAUUAAAAACUAAGAAAGGAAAUUAUUCAUUUUUAAAAGAUAUGCACCUUGCACUCGCAGCAAGGGAGUGAGUGGUCCCUAAAACUAUGAAUAUCUCAGUGUUAGGUGGACUAUGAAAUUAAUAUUGCUUAGUCCACAGUGUAUCUUUAAAAAAAAAAAACCAAAACAAUUUGCUGUGUCUUUUAAGUUGACAAAUCUUAAAAUUAGGGAUAGAGUUGACAUUCCAUAUAUUCAGUUUUAGUAAGCACUUAAUUUGUUAAUAUCGGGUAAGAACAAAUAACUUUCUUUCCUAUAAUAUUACUAGUUAUUAUUACACAUUAGAAAACAAUCAAAUGCUAUGGUGAGAGCUUCAAAGCAUACAACAAAUAGAGUUAAAGCAAUUAAUAGAAAAUUUUUUUUUUCACUACAUUUCAUUUAGAAAGGAAUUGGCUUUUGUGUUUCUUAGGCUUUGAAGGGAAGUCCUGUUCCCUUUGACUUCCAGAGAAUUUUUCUAUCCUAUUUUUUAAUCACAUCAUAUCAUCAUCUGUUACCCUUAUUCAUCAGAGGAUUUUUGACAGAGGAUUUCUAGAAAAUAAACACACCAAUAGUAUUCCUUUAGAAGUAUGAUUUUAUUGCCUUGAAGUUUACGUAAAACAUCACUGUUGCUCAAAUUUGACUUUUUUUAUAUGAAUGUUAGUAACACUCAUGUUAUAUAUUGUAUUCCAAUAAAUAGAGAAUAGUUUUGCCUUAUCAUUUCUCAUAAUAUACCAGUUUUUGCUUUCUCUUGUUUUGUGAAGUUAACAUUAGGAUUUAGGGAAAUAAUUCUUUUUGCAUUUCAAUUUCUUUUUUCACAUGGACCCUCUAAUGUCCCCAUUGAGCUUGCAGUUUUACAGGGUUUGGACAUGUGAGUAGAUUGUCAUAUUGGGCUGAAUUGUAGGAAUAUGAUUAACUCAAAAUAUCUUACCAACUUUGCAUACCUGAUAAAGUGUUCAGACUGCUUCUUAAGUGUAUAAUAUUAAAAUUUUGUGACCAUAUAUAAAAAUAUUAAUAAGCAGUGGACAGAUACUAAAAAAAAGUGGAUAUAACCUAAAUUACCUAGAAAUGAGUAGUAUUUCAGAGCCGUUAGAAGUAAAAAUGUUUCAUUCAAUAAUUUAACUUUUAGACUAUUAUUCCUAAUUAGGGAUUUGAUUAGAUUGUGGGCAUUUAAUUGGAGAGUAUUUAGUCUCAAGAGGAAAAACUGCCUGGUUUCCGUGUAAAACAGUGGACUUUUUCCACCAUGUUGUUUUUUAAAUGCAUAUUCACGGAUAACAGUAUCAGUCCUACAUUCAAUCUGUAAAUAACUUAUGAGAAAAUUGUUCAGUGGAAACAAGUGAAAGGAUGACAUUCUUUUGCAGAUAAAAAUAUGAACAUAUAGAAUUUUUUCUAUUAAAAAUACUUCAUACAUUCAGUAGUUUUAAAGUAAAUCUACAGGUAUGUAUUUAUGUGUGUGUUCGACAUGAAACAGCCCUCUGGGUUUGACUCUGAUGUUUUAUAUUUUUAAAAACUACCAUGUGCUUGCAGAAAUUUACCGAGAAGCUGUUAUAAAGAUGCAGUGGAGCAUGGCCAGAUAACUAAAAACAUUAUUGAUAUUUGCAAAUAUAUAGACUUUAUUGUUGUACUGUAAGCUGCAAGGACACUAAGUAUUGGCUAUUGAAAAAAUAUUACAUUUGCAUUUCAUGGCAAAUAUAAUGUUAUACUGCUUGGUUAGUCUAAUAUAUUUCUAAUAUUUUGUGCUUUCAUAUCCCAAAGGAAACACUGUAUGUGAAGAUAUUUUGAAAUACUAUGAAGUGAUAUAUAAUUAUGUGAUAUAUAAUUAUAAGAUAUAUUUCUGUACAGUAGAGAAAAAGUUUAUAACAUUAAGAAUAUUGUACCAUUAUACAUUCUCAUGCUUCAUCUCGUAAGAAACUCACAGAAUCAUGAUAGAAGUGAAAAUGUGUCUGCUUUCUCUAAAUCAGGUCCAAUUCUCCGUUUAAAAAUUACUUUGUAUCAUUUUAUUUUGAAUUUUAGUUUUGAGAGACUCCUUUUUUCAGCCUCAAGGAGAAAACAGAAUUUAUAACUCAGGAGUUACUAAAGAAGUUGUCAGGGUUUUGUUUGUUUGUCUUUUUGGUUUUUUUUGCAAAGUAUUACAAAUAUAAACAUGUUUAUAAAAUUACUUUUGUAUCUAGAUUUUAAACUUUAAUCUGAAAGAAGAAAUGAUCUGGUGUAAAAGGAAAAACAGUACAGUGUUACAUCUGAGUCACCCUUUAAAAAAUUUUAGCAAGUAAACUUCCUCAUCAAGUGCUCAAAAAUUUGUUGAACUGAUGGAGAGAGAGUUUUGGUCAAUUGUUUAAAGUUAAAUUUUCCCAGUUUAUACUAGAAUUAUGGUUGAGUUUAUAAUCUACUAAGUAACUAAAUCAGGCAGGGUUUUUUGUUUUUUUUUUUUUGUCUUUCUAUAACUGAGGUUCAUUUACAAGCUUUAUUUUCUAACCCGAGACAAGAAGGACAGUCUUGAUUUGCUUGACUAUGAUUCCAUCUCUGAGUUUCUUGUGUUUAUUUGGGGUGAGUGGGGAUUCUUAGUUAUAGGAAUAGUUUUGAAGAUUUCUGUUCUGUCUCCCAUUUUUUUUUUUUUCUUUUGGGAUAUAUCCAUGCAGUGUAAGGUAGGCUGGAGUUAGACAUGCUGGAAGCACUUCAAAUGUACGUGCAGUUGUAGAGAAUGAUGGCCUGGGUCAGCAGGAUCUGGAAAAUUAGGAGUGUAUGUAUAUUGACUUCUUUCACCUGUGAAUCCUAUAGUGUUUAUACCACGAACAGAUUUGUGUGAGGACUCUCUAGGGUAGCAGUGAGUACAACCUUGCCUCUUCCCCUGUUCCAGCCCACCCAGCAGACUGUGCUUGGGGGCAGACCAUGUUUUAGAAAUUUCUUAUUACAGAAGAUCAUAGAAUUAUGAAUGCCUGGAGGUAUCCAGAUGUGCCUUAACUGAUGUAAAUGAUUUUCAUUCAGAAGUUUAAAUUUUCACCCCAUUAUAAAAUCUUGCCUUUUAAGGAAUAUUCCAAACCAUGAAGAUAGUUAUUUUAAUGAAAUUUACUUUGGUGCUUUGUUGUUUUGGAGAAAUUUCCAUUUGUGUCAAUAGCAUCAGUUCAGAAGGGAGUAUUCUAGCCACAGUGUUCAAAAAUGUGUUCUUUUUGACAAAAAGUGUUUACAGUAAGAAAGAUAAACUACAUUGUUACAUUUAUGUUUCUGUUUAAUUUUGCUAAUUGUGACAAUUUUCAUUGUAAACAUCUCUCAGUUACCAUGAGUAAUAUUUAUCUGUUUUACUUUUGUUUGUAGAUGCAGAUGAAUGUAGAAAAUAGACGUGUUAGAUAAAUUAUUUAAAAGUUUAAUUCUAGUAGAUGGGGGAAUUUGAAAUUAAUUUGAAAAAUUUUCUGCGAUAGUUUUAUGAGAAACCUUUAAACGGUACCAUUCUUGAAUUUUUCCUUAGAAUUUUUUUUUUGUCGUCUUCUGCUUUUUUUCCUCAUCUGUUGAGGAGCUUAUUAUUUUAGUUACUUAUGGGAAAUAACUUCUUAAUGUUUGUUUCCUUGAAUUAAAGUUUUCUUGUGGAGGAUAGAAUUAACUGCUUUGUUUUAUGGCCCGAACUCUGCCUGGAGGUUGAGUUCAGAGAAAGGAGGUGACUGAGAGCAGAGUGGGUCUUGGCGAAGGGGGCUGACAUUGGGCUACAGCCUCCCCAGUGGCAGGAGGGGUCCUUAGGCCUUGUCUGGAUGAUGAGGAUGUCAGGCUCCCUGAUCGCUGACUUCUGAGGAAGGUGGCCCACCUUGGACUUCAUACACAGUUCCACUGGGUAUCAAUUUUCAUAAGAUAUCUGUUAUAAUUCAUUUGCCACCAUUUUGUAGCUGUUUAAGAAUUUGUGAGCAAUUGGAUACCUGCCAGUUCAAUUAUAGCUGAAUCUUUAUAACUAUCUUGGGAAACACUGAAAUAUCAGUUCUGCCUCCCCCUCCUCCCAGUUCAAAAAUUCUGAUCUUCAAUCAGAACUUGUCAGAGGUAUCUAUACAAAAGUCUCCAUAAAAGAAUCCUGUGUUCUUUAAAGAUGAAGUGAAAAGGAAAAGACACCAGUCAGUGCUCAGUUGUUAAUGCUGAAAGAACUUAAAAAAAAUAUCAGAAACCUUAUAGAUUUUAAUAUGUAAAACAUAUUGAAGAUAUAAAGUUUAUCAUAGCCUCGUUUUUAAAUUAUAAUGGAGUUUGCGGAACAGUUACAUGGAUUAGGGAGACUGGUUAUGUAGCAAGCUUUGGUCCUAAGAAGCGUCCAAGUCCUGCACUCAUUAGUCAAGUGAACACUUUUCAGUGCUGAUGGGCUUAGUGUCAUGUGAGAAGGAAGAUACACAUGAAACAAAAUUAGAAACAGUAACUAGAAACACUAUAGAGAUAUUCAUAACCAAUUAUAGGUUGGUACAAUGCCAGAAUUACUGGAAGCAGAUGAGCAGUGGUCUGCAAAAGCUCUAUGGCGGGGACACACUUUCAGAGCCAGCUCUGUGUUGUGGGUGCCAAGGAGAUCAGGACUGGUGUGGAAAUGGUCCCCCUUCAUGCUUGUACUUGAGGCCUGAAUCCCACUUACUCCACUGCAGGCUGAAACCUUUCAUAGACUGAGGGAAAAAACCAAAUGGUCAGGCACCAAGUUUAGUUCCUCUGCCAGUGGUGGUUUUCCUAAAAAGAAGUUCAGUGGAGGGACUGGCUGCAGGUACAAGGAGGUCAGUGGUAGGUGGUUUGUAAUGAAAGGACUGUAAUCUCCCACACCAUGGAGACUGAUGGCGUCUUCAUUGUAAGGCAUCACAAUUAAAAGCAACAGAUGAGAGAGAGCAAAAUGUUAGAUCUUGUGACAAGCUUUUUCUUUCUUUUCCUUUUCAUAAAAAGUGUAUUUGUUUCCUGAGUAAGUUAUCUGGUCUUUUUUCAUGUUACCUAAGAAGAGGGGUUGCCAGCUGGGUCCAUUUCAAUUGGGGAACUCUUGUGUCCUUUCCAUUUUGAGUAUUUUGGGAAAAUGGAUACGAUUCUUAAAAAGAUGUGUGUUUUACUUCCUACAUGAGCUCAGACUCUCCGGUGGCCCUGGGCCUUUUCUGGGCUCCGUCAUCUCCUGCAGGGUGAAUUACAGAAUGCUGUGCAUGUCUGUCUGCACCAAUACCAUGUGUAUGUGGUAGGAGUUGUAACCAGUUUCUGGAUCUGUAUGGUACUAUGAGACACUUAUUUUAUAAUUCUGUAACUGUAUGGCAGUGUUAUGCCAAAAAAUGUACAAAGAGCAAUAGUUUCUGUUGUUUACUGCUGUAUUUAAAAAUAUCGUUUCUGAAAUAAUAUAUGUAGAGUUCCUUUAAAGUAAUUAUUUUUAAUAACUAUUGCCAAAUACACAUCCUGUAAAGUGAAUAAAAGCCACUUCACCUUAGUUAACAUUC